AUGAAGUCUGCCGGUGACAGCGAGGACGUGCGCAUGGAGCACAAGAUACAACUCAACCGGAACGGGGACGAUACAACCCAAACCAUCAAACUAUACAAGCGGCGAUGGUUCAUCGUGUUGCUAUUCAGCUCGUACUCUCUCUGCAACUCGUUCCAAUGGAUCCAGUACGGAAUUAUCAACAACAUUUUCAUGAAGUUCUACGGGGUAGAGUCUUUCACCAUAGACUGGAUGUCAAUGAUAUACAUGCUGACUUACAUCCCCUUCAUAUUCCCAGUCACCUGGCUACUGGAUAAGAAGGGUCUCCGUGUUAUUGCGCUGGUGGCUACAGCCAUGAAUUGCGCGGGGACUUGGAUCAAAGUGACCAGCGUGAGACCCGACCUGUUCGCGGUCACCAUGCUCGGACAGUUCUGCUGUUCCCUUGCGCAGGUGUUUAUCCUCGGGAUGCCGUCGAAGAUCGCCUCGGUGUGGUUCGGAUCGGAGGAGGUGUCCACCGCUUGCUCCAUCGGGGUCUUUGGAAACCAGGUAUGUUAUGUAGUAUAAGGUCCAAUAAGUUAAAAAGUAAUUGCAGAUGUAGCUAUUUGAUUAUGUAUUCAGUCAUUUUGAACUAUCUUAAUGAUUAGUCACUUAUCGGAAUGUUCCAGAUUACUCCACCAAUGUGUCCAUUUGACGCAGUUGGGCAUUGCGCAGUUACGCAAGAAUCAAGCCACCGCCGGCCUAUAUUGGCCAGUUGGUCAUCUCUCAUCCUUCGCCCUCAAAGGUGAAAGGUCAAUGUCAUCACCUAUUAAUUUGUCACACUGACGAGACUGGGAGAACAGUGUACAGAGUCAUCUAGCCACACGUUCAAGCCACCAUGAAAAAUCUCUUAUUUUUCGGGCCUGAAAGGUGAACGUCACAGUUACAGAUUCAACUGACCAACUGACCUGGCUUGAGAGAUCAAUGUAUAGGGUCACCUGACCAUAGCGUAAUCACAGGACAUAAAGCCCUCAGGGCACCAUAACCAUCUCCAUGGAAAACGGUCAAACUUUCCAUUUACUCCCUCGAGACCCAUGACCAUUUGCCAAGUAAGGUUCCCAUGUUGUUGAGGUUUUAAGUUUGGAUGUCAUGCUUCCUUCGUCAUUCUGUGCUGCGUUUGAGAUCCGUAGGUGCUGACUAGGGGGUUUCUCAUAGCUCUUUAUAAAUAAUAAUAAUAAUAUGCCAUUUAGCAGACGCUUUUAUCCAAAGCGACUUACAGUCGUGCGUGCAUACAUUUUUGUGUAUGGGUGGUCCCGGGGAUCGAACCCACUACCUUGGCGUUACAAGCGCCGUGCUCUACCAGCUGAGCUACAGAGGACCACACCGUUUAUAACUCACGUGCGGGUACACUCACAGUGGCACUGGAGUGAGAAUCACCAGCUGUGUGAGGAAGAUAAUACGUUUCUCAGAGGACCUGUCAAAAACAAACAAACAUAGGCCUUAGAGACAAUGCAUAGGCCUAACCUCUGACGUUCUUGUGACAGGGAAGUUGACAUUUCAGCGUAACACUUUCAAAGGAUAUGCAUAUGAUGAAUCUACAGUAGGCCUAUUUACAUGUUUAAUAAAAAAACGUAUAACCUGACAUUAUUGCAAUGUUACAUGGUCGGGAAGUUGAUGUUUCAUAUUUCAGCCUAUAUAUAGGCCCCAUAUACAAUCUAUAGGCUAAUUGACAUCAUUUGAGUCAAUUGAAUGUGUACCUGUGGAUGUAUUUCAAGGCCUACCUUCAAACUCAGUGGCUCUUUGCUUGACAUCAUUGGAAAAUCAAAAGAAAUCAGCCAACACCUCAGAAUUUUUUUUUUAGACCUCCACAAGUGUGGUUCUGCCUUGGGAGCAAUUCCCAAACGCCUGAAGGUACCACGAUCAUCUGUACAAACAAUAGUACUCAAGGAUAAACACCAUGGGACCACGCAGCCGUCAUACCGCUCAGGAAGGAGACUCGUUCUGUCUCCUAGAGAUGAACAUACUUUGUUACGAAAAGUGCAAAUCAAUCCCAGAACAACAGCAAAUGACCUUGUGAUGAUGCUGGAGGAAACAGGUACAAAAGUAUCUAUAUCCACAGUAAAACAAGUCCUAUAUCGACAUAACCUGAAAGGCCGCUCAGCAAGGAAGAAGCCACUGCUCCAAAACCCGCCAUAAAAAAGCCAGACUACGGUUUACACCUGCACAUGGGGACAAAGAUCGUACUUUUUGGAGAAAUGUGCUCUGGUCUGAUGAAACAAAAAUAGAACUGUUUGGCCAUAAUGACCAUCGUUAUGUUUGGAGGAAAAAGGGGGCUGCUUGCAAGCCGAAGAACACCAUCCCAACCGUGAUGCACGGGGUGGCAGCAUCAUGCUGUGGGGGUGAUUUGCUGCAGGAGGGACUGGUGCACUUCACAAAAUAGAUGGCAUCAUGAGGAAGGAAAAUUAUGUGGAUAUAUUAAAGCAACAUAUCAAUACAUCAGUCAGGAAGUUCAUGAGGUAGUCACCUGGAAUGCAUUUCAAUUAACAGGUGUGCCUUGUUAAGAGUUAAUUUGUGGAAUUUCUUUCCUGAGCCAAUCAGUUGUGUUGUGACAAGGUAGACUGAAGAUAGCCCUAUUUAGUAAAAGACCAAGUCCAUAUUAUGGCAAGAACAGCUAAAAUAAGCAAAGAGAAACGACAGUCCAUCAUUACUUUAAGACGUGAAGUUCAGUCAAUACGGAACAUUUCAAGAACUUUGAACGUUUCUUCAAGUGCAGUCGCAAAAACCAUCAAGCGCUAUGAUGAAACUGGCUCUCAUGAGGACCGCCACAGGAAAGGAAGACCCAGAGUUACCUCUGCUGCAGAGGAUAAAUUCAUUAGAGUUAACGGCACCUCAGAUUGCAGCCCAAAUAAAUGUUCAAGUAACAGACACAUCUCAACAUCAACUGUUCAGAGGAGACUGUGUGAAUCAGUCCUUCACGGUCAAAUUGCUGCAAACCACAAUUUCUACAAUGUAGAAAAUUAGUAAAAAAUAAAGUAAAAACCUGGAAUGAGUAGGUGUGUCAACUUUUGACUGGUACUGUGUGUGUAUAUAUAUAUAUAUAUAUGCUACACAAUCUGAGUAACCCAGAUGAGUCUACAGUACCUAUUCACAGUCGUGUCUCUCGUCUAAGGAAGUGUUCAAAUCGAUGAAGGCUAAGUUAUUCAGCUAAUAUGGAAUUAUGUUAGGCAAAUGGGGUGAAUCACUGGACAGGGACAUCGGCUAUGUCUAACUGAGUUGUUGCACAUUAACAGAGUUGUCUUUAAUUCAUCACAUGCUGAUUUUGAAACAGACUCAUUGAGAUGGGAGUUAUUUCACCUUUUGACCUCUAGCUGGUUUUCAUGGACUCUUUGCGCCUUCACAUCAGAUGUUAUCUUCACAAAUAUUGUAUUGUUUUUCUGUCUUUUGUUAUUCCUAGUUAGGUGAACUCUUUCAGUUUCAGGCCCGCAAAUGAACUUUGACCCUGGUAAUUAAAGAAUGAGCUGACACAGGUCUCUCUUUUUCUUUCAAGUUAUCUCGUUGUCACCGUGCACCUGCAACAGGUAACCUCAGAUGUGCAAGUUCUUUCCCUAUUUUUAAAAUAAAGAAGUUUACACAUCUAUGAAGGCUAAGUUAUUCAGCCGAUAUGGAAAUGUGUUAGCCAAAUGGGAUGAAUCACUGAGGCCUAACUGAGUAGUUUCAUAUUAACAGAGUUGUCUUAAUUUACCCUAGGAGACUUUAAUGGGUGACUAACUAGCAAAAAAACCUAAAAGGAGCACUCCGUUUCUGCAUAGAUCUGAUAGGGGAGACCGGGGUUGGUUGUCACACAUUUGACUAAUUAGUGUAUUUCUCAGCACCAGUAUGUCUUACAAUACUAUUUUCAACGUCAGGAGAAAGACUCAGGUCUUGGGUUGAAAUGGGGACACUUUUAUCCUCAUAUCUCGUUCCAACGUGGAGUUAUAAGCCAUCAAACACACUCUGUCCACUUGAGACAACCAGCUCCAUCCCAGGUUUGGUUGUCACGCAGUAUGGAGUUGGUUGUCUGUGUUUGCCAUUUUGUUUUUCAGCAACAAUUGAACCAAUUUAAAAAGCUGUAGAAAAAGUAAAGCUUUUAUUUAUUGAACAGUAUUUCUAUCUAACAUAAUAAAAACACAGUUGAAAAUUUGCUUUGAUAUUGUAGUUCUCACUCAAAUUCGUCAUAUCAAUGCUUAAUAAAACAAACAGUAACCAUCUGAUUAUAUAUGGAUGAAAAUUAAACAUUUUGAUAAAGAGAAAGUAUAGCUGUAAACAAUUUUGGUUAACUAACGUUUUUGUUGUUGAAUACAUUGAUUGCUUUUUCAAACGUGUGUGUGUGUGUGUGUGUGUGUGUGUGAGAGAAUGUUGCUUACUCAGUCGUUGUCACAUGACCCAGUUUUGGCCAGCAAGUCCGGACUGAACCAAUCGUAGAGGUUUCACAAGUUUGGACCACACAGCGGAGUACAGGAAUGUAGAGUGGAUUCAGUAAAGAAAAGUACAGUAUAAUGUAUUGGAUCCUACUGUACUCCACUGAAUGCAACUGUACUGUAUUCUACUUUGCUCUACUGUACUCUGCUGAAUUAAACUGUACUGGACUGUGCUGUAUUAAACUGUACUGUACUCUGCUGUAUUAAACUGUACUGGACUGUGCUGUAUUAAACUGUACUGGACUGUGCUGUAUUAAACUGUACUGGACCGUGCUGUAUUAAACUGUACUGGACUGUGCUGUAUUAAACUGUACUGGACCGUGCUGUAUUAAACUGUACUGGACCGUGCUGUAUUAAACUGUACUGGACUGUGCUGUAUUAAACUGUACUGGACCGUGCUGUAUUAAACUGUACUGGACCGUGCUGUAUUAAACUGUACUGGACUGUGCUGUAUUAAACUGUACUGGACCGUGCUGUAUUAAACUGUACUGGACUGUGCUGUAUUAAACUGUACUGGACUGUGCUGUAUUAAACUGUACUGUACUGUGCUGUCCAAAAAAGUAUUCUAGGCAUCUUUUCAACUUACUUUAGCUUACUGGGUACAUUGUUACAAUGGGGAUGAUUGUCAGAUUGUGACAACCAUCCCCAACCACCCCCUCCAAUGCUAAUGCUAGUUAGCAUUAGUUGGUAAUAUGCUAGUUACCACAUGGCUUAACCUACAGUGCUCUCUACUAAUAUUGGCACCCUUGGUAAAAAAAUAAAUAAAAUAAAAUAAGAGAAAAACAUCUUUAUUGUUCAUCCUCUUGGUCUUUCAUUCAAAAUAUUCACAAAAAUAUAACCAUUAAUUAAAGUAAAAUAAUUGAAAGAAAAAUAAAUUCUUAUCAUAAAACACAUUUUUUCCUUCUCAGAUAUACAGUAGGUGUGCCAGAAUUAUUGGCACCUCUUCAUUCAAUACUUUGUGCAACCUCCCUUUGCCAAGAUAACAGCUCUGAGUCUUCUCCUAUAAUGCAUAAUGAGGUUGGAGAACACAUGGCAAGGGAUCUGAGACCAUUCCUCCGUACAGAAUCUCUCCAGAUCCUUCAGAUUCCGAGGUCCACGCUUGUGGACUCUCCUCUUCAGCUCAUCCCACAGGUUUUUUUUAUGGGGUUUAGGUCAGGGGACUGGGAUUGCCAUGGCAAAACCUUGAUUCUCUGGUCAGUGAACCAUUUUUGUGUUGAUUUUGAGGUGUGCUUUGGAUCAUUGUCCUGCUGGAAGAUCCAACCACGGCCCAGUUUAAGCUUCCUAGUGGAGGCAGUCAGGUUUCGAUUUAAUAUCUGCUGGUACUUGAUGGAGUCCAUGAUACCAUGUAUCCUAACGAGUUUUCCAGGGCCUUUGGAAGAAAAACAGCCCCACAACAUCAAAGAUCCACCACUGUACUUCACAGUGGGGAUGAGAUACUUUUCAGCAUGUCUGUCGUUCUGUCUACGCCAAACCCACCUCUGGUGUUAGUUUCCAAAAAGCUAUAUUUUGGUCUCAUCUGACCAUAGAACCCGGCCCCAUUGAAAGUUCCAGUAACGUUUGGCAAACUGUAGGAGCUUGAGUUUGUUGUUUGAUGACAGCAAAGGCUUUUUUUAUGGCAACCCUCCCAAACAACUUGUGGUUUUAUAGGUGGCGUCUGAUCGUAGUUUUGGAAACUUUCUGACCCCAAGCCCCAACUAACGUCUGCAAUUCUCCAGAUGUGAUCCUUGGAGAUUUUUUGGCCACUCGAACCAUCCUCCUCACGGGGUCAAUAUAGACACACGUCCUCUUCCAGGCCGAUUGUUAACAUCUCCAGUUGCUUUAAACUUCUUCAUUAUUGCCCUGAUAGUGGAAAUGGGCAUUUUCAACCAUUGAGCUAUUUUCUUAUAGCCAUUUCCUGAUUUGUGUAGCUCAACAACCUUUUGUCGCACAUCAUUACUGUGUUCUCGGAUCUUUCCCAUAGCGAUGGAUGACUAUGGGAACUUGGCCUGUGUGUCACCUCAUAUUUAUACCCCAGUGAAACACGAAGUCAUGGCUUACCACUUAAGUGUUACUAAUCACUCAGGUGACCUUAAAAACGUAAAAUAUGAAUGGGAAUAUACUUCAGUUAGAUUUUACCCAUAAUAAUUUCUAGGGGUGCCAAUAAUUGUGGUACAUGUUUUGGAGAAAAAUGUUAUUAAAUUUUUUUCACAUUAACUUUUUUCAAUCAUUUUACUUCAAUUAAAGGUUAGAUUUUUGUGAAUAUUUUGAAUGAAAGACCAAGAGGAUAAAACAAUAAAGACAUUUUUUUCACAGCCCAUUUUUCUCAUAUUGACCAAGGGUGCCAAUAUUAGUGGAGGGCACUGUAGAAACUCAAAUAGGCUUGAAAUUAAGCUCUCCCUUUCCUCUUUUCAAUAAAAGUAAUUGUUUAUGGAUACUCCCAUCACACAUCUACUUAUUAAAUAAAUAGAAAGCAUAUGAAUAUUUACUUUUACCCAUGAGAAAUUCAAAUAUUCCUCUCACCUCAAUGUUUUGUGAUCCUGGCCUGAAUUGACCACAUUGAUGACCUCCUUUACAGGACACACUUUUUUUUUUGUAUAUUAUAAUUUUUUAUCUUGAUAUUAUCAUCAUUUUUCAUUGGUAGCACUGGUGCUCCCAACUUUAAAAAGUUAGGAGCGCCACAUGAAGUUCAGGAGCACCAGAAAAUAAGAUUUGUUUUAUUGAUGGAGAUAGUCUAAAUGAAUUCUAGCUACUUUUGAAGCACGUUGUGCCCUAAAAAUCUAAUAUGUAAUGCUGUAAAUAUGUUGACCAAAAAUAUGAACGCAACAAUUUCGAAGAUUUUACUGAGUUACAGUUCAUGAAAGGAAAUCAGUCAAUUUAAAUAAAUAAAUUAGGCCCUAAUCUAUGGAUUUCACAUGACUGGGCAGGGGUGCAGCCAUGGGUGGGCCUGGGAGGGCAUAGGCCCACCUACUUCCAGGCCCACCUACUGGGGAGUCAGGCCCACCCAUUUGGGAGCCAGGCCCACCCACUGGGGAGCUAGGCCCAGCCAAUCAGAAUGAGUUUUUCAGACUGAAAUACUCCUCAGUUUCAUCAGCUGUCCGGGUGGCUGGUCUCAGUCGAUCCCGCAGGUGAAGAAGCCGGAUGUGGAGGUCCUGGGCUGGCGUGGUUACAUGUGGUCUGCGGUUGUGAGGCCGGUUUGAGGUACUGCCAAAUUCUCUGAAAUGACAUUGGCGGCAGCUUAUGGUAGAGAAGUGAACAAUAAGUUAUCUGGCAACCGCUCUGGUGGACAUUCCUGCAGUCAGCAUGCCAAUUGCACACUCCCUCAACUUGAGACAUCUGUGGCAGUGUGUUGUGUGACAAAACUGCACAUUUUAGAGUGGCCUUUUUAUUGUCAGCUAAAAUCAAUUCAAAUCGCAUGCUUGGUAAACAACAGGUGUAGACGAACAGUGAGAUGCUUCCUUACGGCCAUUUCCCAACAACGCAGAAAGAAAGAACAUGGAGAAGUAAUAGAUAAAUAACACACAAUAAAAGUAAUAACUGGGUUCCAAAUCAAAGUAUGCGAAACGGAGCACGGAGGGCACUUCUCGAAUACGUACUCCGUUUGUACAUAUUUUGAAGCAUGCAUCGAUGAAAGCUUCAAAGAAAUAUAAUGCAACCACGUAAAAAAGUACGCAACAUUUCUUGAAAUCAAUGGCGUCCAUUAUUUGAGCUGAAGCGAGAGAAAAUACACUCCGACUUCGGAAUGACAUGUUGCCUGUUCACAUCUCAUAUGUUGCCCUGACUACAAUAUUUCAUCUUGAUAUGUUAAUAAAUACACAAUGUGUUAAUUUUGGCAUGUUUACCUGCCUACGUACUGUAGAUCACAAGCCCAUAGUAAGUCAAUAGGGCUAACUGGCUAGCUGCUAGUACUGUUAGCUAGCCAGAUAGCAACAAAGAAUAGUUAGCUAGCUACCCAUUGACAUCUAUCUUGCAUAAUAUUAGUUUUAGGUCAUUUUUGCCUGUUAAACUAUCCGGUUAGCUACAUUAUUACGAUUCACAUAUAGCUAGCUGAUAGUUAUGAAGUAAAACGGUUGCUUUGUGUAUAUCUUGUUUAGUCUAAUGCCAUUGUUGUCCUGGGUGGAAGACGGUUCAGUGAAUGGGUAAGUCACUAGGGCUAACUGGCUAACUAGCUAGCAGCUAGCUAGCCACAAAGAAUUGGUAGAUGGCCACAAUUUAUUUUACAUCUACCUUGCAUAAUAUUAGUUUUAGGUCAUUUUUGCCUGUUUUAACUAGCUGGCUAGCUAGAUUAUUACGAUUCACAUCUAGCUGAUAGUUGUGAAGUAAAACAUUUUGCUUUGUGUAUAUCUAGUUUCGUCUGUUGUUGCCGUUGUCCCGGCUGGAAGAAGGUUCAGUGAAUGGGGAGGUGAAGCCUGACGUAAUACAGUAAGGGGGAGUGCGAGUGCUUCUCAAAUGUAUUGUUUUAUGCAUUCUCCACACUCUCGUCCUCCACAAGAACGUACUCAAGAGAACGUGGUCAGGGGGAAUGCACUCGGAGCAUGAGAGUGUGGAGCACAGUAGUAGGCAUAUUGAGAAACACCCAAUGAGUAACGAUAACUUGGCUAUAUACACGAGGUACCAGUACUGAGUCCAUGUGCAGGGGUACGAGGUAAUUGAGGUAGAUACAGUAUGUACAUAUACACUACCAGUCAAAGGUUUGGACACACCUCCUCAUUCCAGGGUUUUUCUUUAUUUUUACUAUUUUUUUACAUUGUAGAAUAAUAGUGAAGACAUCAAAACUAUGAAAAAACACAUAUGGAAUCAUGUAGUAACCAAAAAAGUGUUAAACAAAUCAAAAUAUAUUUUGUAUUUGAGAUUCUUCAAAUAGCCACACUUUGCCUUGAUGACAGCUUUGCACACUCUUGGCAUUCUCUCAACCAGCUUCAUGAGGUAGUCACCUGGAAUGCGUUUCAAUUAACAGGUGUGCCUUCUCAAAAGUUAAUUUGUGGAAUUUAAUUCCGUCUUAAUGCGUUUGAGCCAAUCAGUUGUGUUGUGACAAGGUAGGAGGGGUAUACAGACGAUAGCCCUAUUUGGUAAAAGACCCAUAUUAUGUCAAGAACAGCUCAAAUAAGCAAAGAGAAACGACAGUCCAUCAUUACUUUAAGACAUGAAGGUCAGUCAAUAGUUUCUUAAAGUGCAGUCGCAAAAACCAUCAAGCGCUAUGAUGAAACUGGCUCUCAUGAGGACCGCCACAGGAAUGUAAGACCGAGUUACCUCUACUGCAGAGGAUACGUUCAUUAGAGUUACCAGCCUCAGAAAUUGCAGCCCAAAAAAAUGCUUCACGGAGUUCAAGUAACAGACACAUCUCAACAUCAACUGUUCAGAGGGGAAUGUGUGAAUCAGGCCUUCAUGGUCGAAUUGCUGCAAGGAAACCACUACUGAAGGACACCAAUAAUAAGAAGAGACUUGCUUGGGCCAAGAAACACGAGCAAUGGACAUUAGACCGGUGGAUAUUUGUCCUUUGUUCUGGGGGGGAACCAACUCCAUAUUAAUCCCCAUGAUUUUGGAAUGAGAUGUUCGACGAGCAGGUAUCCACAUACUUUUGGUCACGUAGAGUAUCUAUGGUUACAUCACUUUGUGGUUUUCAAAAACAAGACGUCACUUCUGGACCUUUUUGAAGGGAUGGACCAACAUGCACUAUCACGUUUGAGCCAGGUUCAGGUUAUAACUAGUGUAGUGCUACUUUAACUACAGUGAAUGAAAGCCCUCUGUCUGCAACAGCCACCCCCUAUUGGCUGUCUCCAACAUGCAUCUCCAUUAUACAGAAGGGUGGUCGUUGUGUCUUUGUGUGUGUGUGUGUGUGUGUGUGUGUGUGUGUGUUUUUAAGUGUUAUAUUCAGCUGUUUUUAAAGCUGUACUGUCUUGUGUUCUCUUCCAGCUGGGUAUAGCCAUCGGGUUCCUGGUACCUCCCAUCCUGGUGCCUAACGUUGAGGACAUGGAUCUGCUGGCCUAUAACAUCAGUACAAUGUUCUACAUCACAGCAGGAGUUGCUACACUGCUCUUCAUACUGGUCGUCAUAGGUAACUAUUAUAUACUACAUAAAACACGAUUUAUCCUCUAGUUUAUAUACAGUGAUAGACAUGGAUCUAGUUUAUAUAUACAGUGAUAGACAUGGAUCUGCUGCAUGGAUCUAGUUUAUAUACAGUGAUAGACAUGGAUCUAGUUUAUAUUUAGUGAUAGACAUGGAUCUAGUUUAUAUACAGUGAUAGACAUGGAUCUAGUUUAUAUAUAGUGAUAGACAUGGAUCUAGUUUAUAUACAGUGAUAGACAUGGAUCUGCUGCAUGGAUCUACACUCAGUUCCUGUUGGCCCUAUUCCAAUGAUGCACUGCAGAUUAUCAACAGACCUCUCCCUGAAUUAAGGGCAAGAUCAGGAACCUUAAUCUGAACAUGUAGACACUGAUCUGGUUCUGGAGAUGAUGAAUAUGAAAAGUGACUUGUGUUCCCAGUGCAGCUACUUGAACUAACAGAGACCUGGUAACCUGGUGCAGCACAGUGAUACUACUUAACCACUGUAACUAGGCCUGGGAAUUGCCAGGGACCUCGCAAAUACGAUAUUAUUGCGACUCUCACGAUUCUAUAUGUGUUGAGAUUCGCUACUGCUAUUUUAUUGCGAUUUUGAUGUUCCAAACAUACUGCUCACUACAUGUCUGCUGCAGAGGGACGAGAGAGCGUGAGAAAAUGAGUUUUGAUCAGUAAUUGAAGUAAGUGCUGAAAACGUGUCUCAUUAUUUUAAAAAGAUACCAGGAGUUUUGGCGCAGGUACAGCCGACUAGCGCUAGCUAACGCUACCUAGCAAAACAUUUAAUAAAUCAAAUAUAUUUUUUACUAAUCGAUACUUGGUAUCUAAGUAUCUAUAUAAUAUCGUCCAAAAUAAUAUUGCGAUAUGUACAGUGCCUUGGGAAAGUAUUCAAAAGUCUUGACUUUUUCCUCAUUUUGUUGGGUUACAGCCUUAUUCUAAAAUUGAUUAAAUCGUUUUUUCCCCCUCAAUCUACACACAAUACUCCAUAAUGACAAAGCAAAAACUGGUUUUUAGAAAAUUUUGCUAAUUUAUUAAAAAUAAAAAACUUAAAUAUUUCAUUUACAUAAGUAUUCAGACCCUUUACUCAGUACUUUGUUGAAGCACCUUUUGGCAGCGAUUACAGCCUCAAGUCUUCUUGGGUAUGACGCUACAAGCUUGGCACACCUGUAUUUGGGGAGUUCCUCCCAUUCUUCUCUGCAGAUCCUCUCAUGCUCUGUCAGGUGGGAUGGGGAGCGUCGCUGCACAGCUAUUUUCAGGUCUCUGCAGAGCUGUUUGAUCGGGUUCAAUUUCGGGCUCUGGCUGGGCCACUCAAGGUCAUUCAGAGACUUCUCCUGAAGCUACUCCUGCGUUGUCUUGGCUGUGUGCUUAGGGUCGUUGUCCUGUUGGAAGGUGAAUCUUUGCCCCAGUCUGAGGUCCUAACCUGCUCCAGAGCGCUUUUCACCAAGGCUGCACUCCGUUCAUCUUUGCCUCGAUCCUGACUAGUCUCCCAGUCCCUGGCGCUGAAACCUGGAUGGUGCCAGGUUUCCUCCAGACGUGAUGCUUGGCAUUCAGGCCAAAGAGUUCAAUCUUGGUUUCAUCAGACCAGAGAAUCUUGUUUCUCAUGGUCUUUAGGUGCCCUUUGGCAAACUCCAAGCGGGCUGUCAUGUGCUUUUACUGAGGAGUGGCUUCCAUCUGGCCACUCUACCAUAAAGGCCUGAUUGGGGGAGUGCUGCAGAGAUGGUUGUCUUUCUGGAAAGUUCUCCCAUCUCCACAGAGGAACUCUAGGGCUCUGUCAGAAGGACCAUCGGGUCCUUGGUCACCUCCCUGACCGUGGCCUUUCUCGCCCUGAUUGCUCAGUUCUGGCCGGGCGGCCAGCUAUAGGAAGAGUCUUGGUGGUUCCAAACUUCUUCCAUUUAAGAAUGAUGGAGGCCACUGUUCUUGGGGACCUUCAAUGCUGCAGACAUUUUUUGGUACCCUUCCCCAGAUCUGUGCCUCGACACAAUCCUGUCUCGGAGCUCUACGGACAAUUCCUUCAACCUCAUGGCUUGGUUUUUGCUCUGACAUGCACUGUCAACUGUGGGACCUUAUAUAGACAGGUGUGUGCCUUUCCAAAUCAUGUCCAAUCACUUGAAUUUACCACAGGUGGACUCCAAUCAAGUUGUAGAAACAUCUCAAGGAUGAUCAAUGGAAACAGGAUGCACCUGAGCUCAAGUUCGAGUCUCAUAGCAAAGGGUCUGAAUACUUAUGUAAAUAAGGUAUUUAUUUAUUUAUUUUAUUUUUAUCAAAUUUGCAAAACUUUCAAAAAACCUGUUUAUGCUUUGUUAUUAUGGGGUAUUAUGUGUAGAUUGCUGAGGAUUUUUAUUUAUUUAAUCCAUUUUAGAAUAAGGCUGUGAUGUAACAAAAUGUGGAAAAGUCAAGGGGUCUGAAUACUUUCCGAAUGCACUUUAACAGUCAUUGAAUUUUUUUUAUUUUGAGUUUUUUUCCCAUCCCUAACCAUAACCACUCUAACCUACAUACAGGUCGCACUAUGAGCUAUUCAGCCUACUCAUUCUAAUGUUUAUUUUCAGAUGACCUGAUUUCACUCAAUAGCUGGUACUGUCUUUGUCCCAAAUUACACCUCCUAUAGAGUGCACUAAGUGCCUGUGGGCCCUGGUCAAAAGUAGUGCACUAUAUAAAGGAUAGGGGUGCCGAUUGGGAUGCAGAAACUGUCUUGCUGGUGAAGUGCUACAUAAAGGAACUGGAAAGAUGAUAAAGGAGGAUGUAGCCUACAGGUAGGCUUAGUGGAGAUGCUGUAUUGGGCUAAAAGGCAGAGGGUUAAUGCAGUCUGAGUAAGGCUCUUGUCUUCUUUUGCUCCAUCUAGUGAAUUCAUAUUAACUGGUCACUCGAGUCUCUCUGUUUGGUCACUAGAGGCCAUGUUUGUCUGGGCCAUCUGGGGGGGGCCUGAGUCAUGCCCCGCAAAACAAAGUGUGUGUGCCAGGUGGAGAAUGUUGUGCAACAGCGGAGACGGUUGUCUAGAUGGGAAUGUUGCCGGAAUGUUGUGCAACAGCGGAGACGGUUGUCUAGAUGGGAAUGUUGUGCAACAGCGGAGACGGUUGUCUAGAUGGGAAUGUUGCCGGAAUGUUGUGCAACAGCGGAGACGGUUGUCUAGAUGGGAAUGUUGCCGGAAUGUUGUGCAACAGCGGAGACGGUUGUCUAGAUCGGAAUGUUGUGCAACAGCGGAGAGAGUUGUCUAGAUGGGAAUGUUGCCAGAAUGUUGUGCAACAGCGGAGACGGUUGUCUAGAUGGGAAUGUUGUGCAACAGCGGAGACGGUUGUCUAGAUGGGAAUGUUGUGCAACAGCAGAGACGGUUGUCUAGAUGGGAAUGUUGCCAGAAUGUUGUGCAACAGCGGAGACGGUUGUCUAGAUGGGAAUGUUGUGCAACAGCGGAAACCGUUGUCUAGAUGGGAAUGUUGUGCAACAGCGGAGACGGUUGUCUAGAUGGGAAUGUUGCCAUUUUUGGUGCUGUGUCUCUCAAAGGAUGAAGGAGGACAUAAGUUGAUGACAGGCACGUUUUAAGGUGUUUUUAUAUGUAUCUGUGUGAAUCUGGAAGAGUACAACAAUGAGUUUAAGAUGUGAAUAUUAGCCUGAAUGUGGCAUUUGCCUUGCCAGGGUUUUCAGUAGAUUGACUCAUAGGACUUUACAUGCAUACUAGCUGAGUACUAAGGUAUAUCUAGAACAGCUUCAUUACACUCCAACGAGCACUUAGUUUCAAUGUCUUGUAAGUAAGUAAGUAGGUAAGUAGCCUUGUACAAGCCAGAAUGGCCCAUUGGGCCCUAUCUCCUGUUUCUGUAGAGUGUACAAGUACACUCCCUGGACGCUAGUCCAUCGCAGGGCCUUGAGUCUGUGGUUGAUGUCUUGAGUCUGAGUGUAGCUGGGGGGGGUGCCUGUUCAGUGAGGACAAUUUUAGUUGACAGUACUUGGCAAAGAGUACACUCCUGCUGGUUGAGACACCCCAGGGAAGACCCAGAGAUAAGAACAGAGACAUCUGCACACAAAGAUAUCUGUAGCAGCUCUCUGCCCCCUGACUCCAGUCAGACCUCCUGCUCUCUCGGGAGAAAGUCAGCUCGAAGCACGUCAUGUAACAGUCAGGAUUCCACAGUUGACGUUUACUUUUUUUUUACUUUUUUGUUAUUGUGACCGUCUUUUAAUCCUAUAAGCAUUAUUUUUUUGGGGGUCAGCUAGCUAAAAGCCUGUUGACUGGAAUGGUGAGCUGUACUUGUUUGACCGCUCUCCUACAAGUUCUGAAAGCACCAAUUACAAGACUGAGGCAAAACAUGUUAAACCACCUUACAAUAUUUGUGUGUUCAGACAAUAGCCUUUGGGCCUAUAUGAAUCUCCUCUAUAAAUGGCUGAAGGCCAGUUCUUAGGUUUCGGUUUAUCUGCAAGAGUACAAUGAUGUGUUGAGGAUGCAAAUGAUGCAACAUGUUUUCCAGGCCUUGCCAGGGUUUCCAGUACAUUGACUCAUACAGUACUGUGUAUGUAUACUAGUUGAGUACAAAGCCAUUUCUAAGACUGCUUCAUUCCACUCCAACAAGCCAUUUAGUUUCAAUGUCUUGUAAGGGAAGCGAGUAGCCUUGUCCAAGUCAGAACAGCCCAUAGGAACCCAUCUCCUGUUUCUGUAGCUUGCUGGUUAAGAACACUGCCUAGACAGGACACUAGUCUAUCACAGGGCCUUUCAAUGUCUUGGGUUUGUGGUUAGGGUCUUGGGUCUGAGGUUAGGGUCUGUGGUUAGGGUCUGUGGUUAGGGUCUUGGGCCUGUGGUUAGGGUCUUGGGCCUGUGGUAAGGGUCUUGGGACUGAGGUUAGGGUAUGUGGUUAGGGUCUUGGGACUGUGGUUAGGGUCUUGGGUCUGUGGUUAGGGGUCUUGGGUCUGUGGUUAGGGGUCUUGGGACUGUGGUUAGGGUCUGUGGUUAGGGUCUUGGGCCUGUGGUUAGGGUCUUGGGACUGUGGUUAGGGUCUUGGGUUUGUGGUUAGGGUCUUGGGACUGUGGUUAGGGUCUGUGGUUAGGGUCUUGGGCCUGUGGUUAGGGUCUUGGGUCUGUGGUUAGGGUCUUGGGUCUGUGGUUACGGUCUGUGGUUAGGGUCUUGGGUCUGUGGUUAGGGUCUGUGGUUAGGGUCUUGGGUCUGUGGUUAGGGUCUUGGGUCUGUGGUUAGGGUCUUGGGUCUGUGGUUAGGGUCUUGGGUCUGUGGUUAGGGUAUUGGGUCUGUGGUUAGGGUCUUGGGUCUGUGGUUAGGGUCUUGGGACUGUGGUUAGGGUCUGUGGAUAGGGUCUUGGGUCUGUGGAUAGGGUCUUGGGCCUGUGGUAAGGGUCUUGGGCCUGUGGUUAGGGUCUUGGGCCUGUGGAUAGGGUCUUGGGUCUGUGGUUAGGGUCUUGGGCCUGUGGUUAGGGUCUUGGGCCUGUGGUAAGGGUCUUGGGACUGUGGUUAGGGUCUGUGGAUAGGGUCUUGGGUCUGUGGUUAGGGUCUUGGGCCUGUGGUUAGGGUCUUGGGUCUGUGGUUAGGGUCUUGGGUCUGUGGUUAGGGUCUUGGGCCUGUGGUUAGGGUCUUGGGCCUGUGGUUAGGGUCUUGGGCCUGUGGAUAGGGUCUUGGGUCUGUGGUUAGGGUCUUGGGUCUGUGGAUAGGGUCUUGGGACUGUGGUUAGGGUCUGUGGAUAGGGUCUUGGGUCUGUGGAUAGGGUCUUGGGCCUGUGGUAAGGGUCUUGGAUCUGUGGUUAGGGCCUGUGGUUAGGGUCUUGGGCCUGUGGUUAGGGUCUUGGGCCUGUGGAUAGGGUCUUGGAUCUGUGGUUAGGGUCUUGGGUCUGUGGAUAGGGUCUUGGGCCUGUGGUAAGGGUCUUGGAUCUGUGGUUAGGGCCUGUGGUUAGGGUCUUGGGCCUGUGGUUAGGGUCUUGGGCCUGUGGAUAGGGUCUUGGAUCUGUGGUUAGGGUCUUGGGUCUGUGGUUAGGGUCUUGGGUCUGUGGUUAGGGUCUUGGGCCUGUAGUAAGGGUCUUGGGCCUGUGGUAAGGGUCUUGGGGUCUGUGGUUAGGGUCUUGGGUCUGUGGUUAGGUCUUGGGUCUGUGGUAGGUUUUGCCGUGUUAGGGUCUUGUGGGCUGUUGGUUAGGGUCUUGGCUCGGGUAGGGUCUUGGUCUGUGGAUAGGUCUACCUGUGUUAGGCUCUGUGGAUAGGUCAUGGGUCUGUGCAUAGGGUCUUGGGUUGUGGGUUCAGUCUUGACUGUGGUAGGGUCUAGUGAGCUGUGGUAGGGCCUGGCCUGUGGUAAGGGUCUGGGUCUGUGGUAGGCGUCUGUCUGUGUACUAGUGGUACAUUGCGCCCUGCUGGUUAGGGUCUUGGGCCCCGUGGUAGGCUAGUGACUGAGGUUCACACACGUAUGGUCUUAAGCAGCCAGGAUGUGCAUAAAUGAUGUCCCUGUGGUUGAGACACCCGGGAGUGACUAGCUCACUGAUGUCACCUCUGGUUGAUAGACACCCCAGGGAGGACUAGCUCACUGAUGUCCCCCUGGUUGAGAACCCCAGGGAGGGCUAGCUCACUGAUAUCCCUUCUGUAGCUCAGUUGGUAGAGCAUGGCGCUUGCAACGCCAGGGUUGUGGGUUCGUUUCCCACGGGGGGCCAGUAUGAAAAAUGUAUGCACUCACUAACUGUAAGUCGCUCUGGAUAAGAGCGUCUGCUGAAUGACUAAAAUGUAAAUGUAAAAUAUCCCCUGCUGGUUGAGACACCCCAGGGAGGACUAGCUCACUGAUGUCCCCUUCUGGUUGAGACACCCCAGGGAGCGCUCCGGCCUUUGUUGAGACACCCCAGGGAGGACUAGCUCACUGAUGUCCCCUCUGUUGAGACACCCAGGGACUAGUCACUGAUGUCCCCUUCUGGUUGAGACACCCCAGGGAGGACUAGCUCACUGAUGUCCCCUUCUGGUUGAGACACCCCAGGGAGGACUAGCUCACUGAUGUCCCCUUCUGGUUGAGACACCCCAGGGAGGACUAGCUCACUGAUGUCCCCUUCUGGUUGAGACACCCAGGAGGACUAGCUCACUGAUGUCCCCUUCUGGUUGAGACACCCCAGGGAGGACUAGCUCACUGAUGUCCCCUUCUGGUUGAGACACCCCAGGGAGGACUAGCUCACUGAUGUCCCCUUCUGGUUGAGACACCCCAGGGAGGACUAGCUCACUGAUGUCCCCUUCUGGUUGAGACACCCCAGGGAGGACUAGCUCACUGAUGUCCCUUCUGGUUGAGACACCCCAGGGAGGACUAGCUCACUGAUGUCCCCUUCUGGUUGAGACACCCCAGGGAGGACUAGCUCACUGAUGUCCCCUUCUGGUUGAGACACCCCAGGGAGGCACUAGCUCACUAUGUCCCCUGCUGGUUGAGACACCCCAGGGAGGACUAGCUCACUAAUGUCCCCUUCUGGUUGAGACACCCCAGGGAGCACUAGCUCCGAGAUAAGAACCACAAAGACAUCUGCAGCAUUUCUCCCCCCCCACCCCCCAGACUCCUUGCUGAAAGCCUGCUAUCUCAAGAGAAAGUCAGCUUGAAGCACGUCAUGUCACAGUCAGGCAGGAUACCACAGUUGACAUUCCUUUGGGUCGGAGACUAGGGCCUGACCGAAAUGUCACCCUAUUCACUGCUUUGGCCCAUGGGCUCAUGGGUAAAAGAGGUGCCAUUCCGGACACAGCAGUUUCUUUGUUCCUGUUGUUCUGUGUCUUUUAGUCCUUGAAAGCCACGAUGAACGUCCUUGAGGCAGGCACACUAUAGAAAGAGCCCUUAGUGACGGUCUUUGUAGACUUUGUAUCUUAAUAGUUAAAAGCCUAAAAAGCCUGUGGACAGGAGUGGUGAACUGUACUUGUUUGACCUACAGUGUAUUCAGAAAGUAUUCAUACCCCUUGACUUAUUCCACAUUUUGUUGUUACAGACUGAAUUCAAAAUGGAUUAAAUAUAUAUAUUUUUUCCCCACACCCAUUUACACACAAUACUCCAUAAUAACAAAGUGAUAACAUGUUUUUAGAAAUGUUAGCAAAUUUAUUGAAAAUAAAAUACUGAAGUAUCUAAUUUACAUAAGUAUUCACACCCCUGAGUCAAUACAUGUCAGAGCUAUAAUCACUGCCAAAGGUGAUUCUAAGAGCUUUUCACACCUGGAUUGUACAGUAUUUGCCAAUUAUUUUCUAAAUUAUUAAAGCUCUGUCAAAUUGGUUGUUGAUCAUUUCUAGACAAACAUUUUCAAGUCUUGCCAUAGAUUUCCAAGCCGAUUUAAGUCGAAACUGUAACUCGGCCACUCAGGAACAUUCACUGUCUUCUUGGUAAGCAACUCCAGUGUAGAUUUGGCUAUGUGUUGUAGGUUAUUGUCCUGCUGAAAGGUGAAUUAAUCUCCCAGUGUCUGUUGGAAAGCAGACUGAACCAGGUUUUCCAACUAGGAUUUUGCCUGUGCUUAGCUCCAUUCUGUUUAUUUUUUUAUCCUGAAAAACUCUCUAGUCCUUAACAAUUACAAGCACACCCAUAACAAGAUGCAGCCAACACUAUGCUUGAAAAUAUGGAGAGUGGUACUCAGUAAUGUGUUGUAUUGGAUUUGCCCCAAACAUAACACUUUGUAUUCAGGACAAAAAGUGAAUUGCUUUGCAGUAUUACUUUAGUGCCUUGUUGCAAACAGGAUGCAUGUUUUGGAAUAUUUUUUAUUCAGUACAGGCUUCCUUCUUUUCACUCUGUCAAUUAGGUUAGUAUUGUGGAGUAACUACAAUGUUGUUGAUCCAUCCUCAGUUUUCUCCAAUCACAGCCAUGGCCUCAUAGUUCCACUUUGACAUUAUGGGGUAUUGUGUGUAGGCCAGUGACAAAAUCUAAAUGUAAUCCAUUUUAAAUUCAGGCUGUAACACAACAAAAUGUGGAAAAAGGCAAGGGGUGUGAAUACAUUCUGAAUGCAUUGUAUCUCCUAUGGGAGCAGUGGCGAUUUUAGGAUGUACUGUAUAUCUUGGUGGGGGCGAACGCAACAUUAUUAUUUUUUUUAGAUGCAUGCCAGCAAAACCACAACACAACGCUAAACAAUACAUUAAUUGCACUAUAAUGGUGACAAAUGGUGCCCUACAAACGGUUAGGGCCUACAUAAAGCUGUCCCGACAGCGGAGCUUUCUUUUCAGCACCAUGGAGUGACUGAAUACUUUUCACCGCUACACCUGGCUACCGGCGGAGCCUCGUCUGGCAGCGAAACUGUUCAUUCAGCCUCAUUUACUGCCUUAAAAAAAAAACAUACAUAACUGAUAUGGCUGACAUACUAAAUAAAUAUGGUUUCUGCUGACUCCUUGUGGAUUUGUGUAACUCUAUAAGAACUGCAUUCUCCUUCAAUAAUAACGGCGACAUGAGUUUGGACUUUUGAACCAUACACAAACAUUAUAACAUUUAUGUUCAGUAGAUUCAUCAUGUUUGUUCUUAUAUCAUUAAGACUAGCCUGAGAGAGAGAGAGAGAGAGGAGAGAGAGAGCAGAGAGAGAGAGAGAGAGAUAGAGAGAGAGAGAUAGAUAUAUAGAGAUAGAUAUAGAGAGAUCUAGAGAGAGAUAGCGCCGAGAGAGAAGCGAGAGAGAGAGAGAGUAGAGAGAGUAUAUAGUACGAGUGAUAUAGAGAUGUAUCUAUCUAUAUCUCUCUCUCUCUCUCUCUACGCUCGCUCGCUCGCGCGACGCCUCUACUAUCACUCGUCUCUCAUCAGAUCGAUAGACUCUCUCGCGCUCUCUUCUCUCUAUCUCUCUCUCUCCUCUUCCUCUCUCUCUCUCUCUCUCUCUCUCUCUCUAUCUCUCUCUCUCUCGCUCUCUCUCUCUCUCUCUUCUCUCUUCUCGCUCCCUCCUCUGCUCUCUCUCCCUCUCUCUCUCUCUCUCUCUCUCUCUUCUCUCUCUCCUCUAUCUCUCCCUACACUAUAUAGAUCGAUAGAUAGAUCAGCGCUACCUACAUAGCGACAGACAGACAGACAUCCCGACCUACAGCCAGACAUACAACGCCAUACAGCCAGAAAGACCGACAUACAUGAUAGGGAAAUGGGUUAAUUGUGUUGUGGAGAGUGGAGAACAGUCAUGGGGUGUCAGUGGAGGACAAGGUGUGGAUGACUAUGAUUGACGGGGAGGGAUUGGGGUGGGCGCCGUCUCCUCUGCACUAUACAGACUACAGAGACACAGACAGACAUGUAACAUACAAGAUAUACAUACAGACAGAGCAUACAGACAUACAGACCAAUCUACAAUGCCACAUCAUACCUAUAUACCUAUGCCUCACACUACCUAUCUCUAGCUAGCUCCCCUUUCUCUUAUUGGGCGUAGAGAGAGAUAGAAGGUGCGCGUAGUCUGUGUAUAGGCAGAGGUGGCACUGCAUACAGUGGGGGAAAAAAGUAUUUAGUCAGCCACCAAUUGUGCAAGUUCUCCCACUUAAAAAGAUGAGAGAGGCCUGUAAUUUUCAUCAUAGGUACACGUCAACUAUGACAGACAAAUUGAGAUUUUUUUUCUCCAGAAAAUGACAUUGUUGGAUUUUUAAUGAUUUUAUUUGCAAAUUAUGGUGGAAAAUAAGUAUUUGGUCACCUACAAAAAAGCAAGAUUUCUGGCUCUCACAGACCUGUAACUUAUUCUUUAAGAGGCUCCUCUGUCCUCCACUCGUUACCCGUAUUAAUGGCACCUGUUUGAACUUGUUAUCAGUAUAAAAGACACCUGUCCACAACCUCAAACAGUCACACUCCAAACUCCACUAUUGCCAAGACCAAAGAGCUGUCAAAGGACACCAGAAACAAAAUUGUAGACCUGCACCAGGCUGGGAAGACUGAAUCUGCAAUAGGUAAGCAGCUUGGUUUGAAGAAAUCAACUGUGGGAGCAAUUAUUAGGAAAUGGAAGACAUACAAGACCACUGAUAAUCUCCCUCGAUCUGGGGCUCCACGCAGAUCUCACCCCGUGGGGUCAAAAUGAUCACAAGAACGGUGAGCAAAAAUCCCAGAACCACACGGGGGGACCUAGUGAAUGACCUGCAGAGAGCUGGGACCAAAGUAACAAAGCCUACCAUCAGUAACACACUACACCGCCAGGGACUCAAAUCCUGCAGUGCCAGAUGUGUACCCCUGCUUAAGCCAGUACAUGUCCAGGCCCGUCUGACGUUUGCUAGAGUACAUUUGGAUGAUCCAGAAGAGGAUUGGGAGAAUGUCAUAUGGUCAGAUGAAACCAAAAUAUAACUUUUUGGUAAAAAACUCAACUCGUUGUGUUUGGAGGACAAAGAAUGCUGAGUUGCAUCCAAAGAACACCAUACCUACUGUGAAGCAUGGGGGUGGAAACAUCAUGCGUUGGGGCUGUUUUUCUGCAAAGGGACCAGGACGACUGAUCCGUGUAAAGGAAAGAAUGAAUGGGGCCAUGUAUUGUGAGAUUUUGAGUGAAAACCUCCUUCCAUCAGCAAGGGCAUUGAAGAUGAAACGUGGCUGGGUCUUUCAGCAUGACAAUGAUCCCAAACACACCGCCCGGGCAACGAAGGAGUGGCUUCGUAAGAAGCAUUUCAAGGUCCUGGAGUGGCCUAGCCAGUCUCCAGAUCUCAACCCCAUAGAAAAUCUUUGGUGGGAGUUGAAAGUCUGUGUUGCCCAGCGACAGCCCCAAAACAUCACUGCUCUGCAUGGAGGAAUGGGCCAAAAUACCAGCAACAGUGUGUGAAAACCUUGUGAAGACUUACAGAAAACGUUUGACCUGUGUCAUUGCCAACAAAGGGUAUAUAACAAAGUAUUGAGAAACUUUUGUUAUUGACCAAAUACUUAUUUUCCACCAUAAUUUGCAAAUCAAUUCAUUAAAAAUCCUACAAUGUGAUUUUCUGGAUUUUUUUUCCUCAUUUUGUCUGUCAUAGUUGACGUGUACCUAUGAUGAAAAUUACAGGCCUCUCUCAUCUUUUUAAGUGGGAGAACUUGCACAAUUGGUGGCUGACUAAAGACUUUUUUUCCCCACUGUAUGUGGUCUAAAAAGGAAGGAAAAUACAAUCACGAGGUUCCACUUUUAUAGACAAUAUACCGACACGCAUUGUACAAACAGAACAACUGUCGCAAUAUCAACCACAAUUACAUGGUCUAUUAGCCUACUGAACUUGUUGUUGAAAAAAAAUAUUUGAAUGGGAACAGACUCACUGGCAAACAUGGCUACAGACCCAACAACAUUUAUAUAGUAUCCCGUCCUCAUGGUUACAGACCCAACAACAUUUAUAUAGUAUCCCUUCCUCAUGGUUACAGACCCAACAACAUUAUAUAGUAUCCCGUCCUCAUGGUUACAGACCCAACAACAUUAUAUAGUAUCCCCUCCUCAUGGUUACAGACCCAACAACAUUAUAUAGUAUCCCCUCCUCAUGGUUACAGACCCAACAGCAUUAUAUAGUAUCCCGUCCUCAUGGUUACAGACCCAACAACAUUAUAUAGUAUCCCCUCCUCAUGGUUACAGACCCAACAACAUUAUAUAGUAUCCCAUCCUCAUGGUUACAGACCCAACAACAUUAUAUAGUAUCCCCUCCUCAUGGUUACAGACCCAACAGCAUUAUAUAGUAUCCCCUCCUCGUGGUUACAGACCCAACAACAUUAUAUAGUAUCCCCUCCUCAUGGUUACAGACCCAACAACAUUAUAUAGUAUCCCCUCCUCAUGGUUACAGACCCAACAACAUUAUAUAGUAUCCCCUCCUCGUGGUUACAGACCCAACAACAUUAUAUAGUAUCCCGUCCUCAUGGUUACAGACCCAACAACAUUAUAUAGUAUCCCGUCCUCAUGGUUACAGACCCAACAACAUUAUAUAGUAUCCCAUCCUCAUGGUUACAGACCCAACAGCAUUAUAUAGUAUCCCCUCCUCAUGGUUACAGACCCAACAACAUUAUAUAGUAUCCCGUCCUCAUGGUUACAGACCCAACAACAUUAUAUAGUAUCCCGUCCUCAUGGUUACAGACCCAACAGCAUUAUAUAGUAUCCCCUCCUCAUGGUUACAGACCCAACAACAUUAUAUAGUAUCCCCUCCUCAUGGUGACAGACCCAACAGCAUUAUAUAGUAUCCCGUCCUCAUGGUUACAGACCCAACAACAUUAUAUAGUAUCCCAUCCUCAUGGUUACAGACCCAACAACAUUAUAUAGUAUCCCCUCCUGAUGGUUACAGACCCAACAACAUUAUAUAGUAUCCCCUCCUCAUGGUUACAGACCCAACAACAUUAUAUAGUAUCCCGUCCUCAUGGUUACAGACCCAACAACAUUAUAUAGUAUCCCCUCCUCGUGGUUACAGACCCAACAACAUUAUAUAGUAUCCCCUCCUCAUGGUUACAGACCCAACAGCAUUAUAUAGUAUCCCCUCCUCAUGGUUACAGACCCAACAACAUUAUAUAGUAUCCCAUCCUCAUGGUUACAGACCCAACAACAUUAUAUAGUAUCCCGUCCUCAUGGUUACAGACCCAACAACAUUAUAUAGUAUCCCGUCCUCAUGGUUACAGACCCAACAACAUUAUAUAGUAUCCCCUCCUCAUGGUGACAGACCCAACAGCAUUAUAUAGUAUCCCGUCCUCAUGGUUACAGACCCAACAACAUUAUAUAGUAUCCCCUCCUCAUGGUUACAGACCCAACAACAUUAUAUAGUAUCCCGUCCUCAUGGUUACAGACCCAACAGCAUUAUAUAGUAUCCCCUCCUCAUGGUUACAGACCCAACAACAUUAUAUAGUAUCCCGUCCUCAUGGUUACAGACCCAACAACAUUAUAUAGUAUCCCGUCCUCAUGGUUACAGACCCAACAACAUUAUAUAGUAUCCCGUCCUCAUGGUUACAGACCCAACAACAUUAUAUAGUAUCCCCUCCUCAUGGUUACAGACCCAACAACAUUAUAUAGUAUCCCGUCCUCAUGGUUACAGACCCAACAACAUUAUAUAGUAUCCCGUCCUCAUGGUUACAGAUCCAACAACAUUAUAUAGUAUCCCGUCCUCACGAAGAAAAGCAUGAGCUAAGUAUAAUACGUAAGCAAAACAAUGAAAUGCAUCAUUCCAACAUUACCUAAAACGAUGAAUAAGAUACUAAUGAAAUGGACCUAUAUAAGCAAUAUAACAAUUGAGAUGUACAGACUAUGGCAUAAGGGAACGAUGAGUUGAUAAGAGGCAAGCCGUAAUUCCGAUGAAGACAUUGAGCGAGCUAAGACGACGGACUUAGUCAAUUAUAACUAUUUGUUCAGCACUUUUGAAAUGUACAGCGACAGAAUUCAGAACACGGGCCGUUCUUACAGUGUUCUCCCUGUACACCAAGUCAGAACCGUAGGAUAAAUAAAGGGGGCAUAUAAGCAGACAAUGAAAGCUCUUACAAUAUUAGAUGAUUACAUUUCUCUAAAACAGGCUAUAGGCUACAUGUGCACCACCAAGUCAGAACAGUAGGCUAAGUUAUGAGGGGAAAGGGACCAAAUGAUUAGGGUGAGGCACAUGGGCUACUAACAGCUUACUACACAACAUACACUUAGUAUUACUUUCUUAGCUUCAGUAUACAUAUGGCAUAUUACAUCAUUUAUGCAGCAGCAUACAAUACAUUUUUUGGACUGUGCUCACUUGAACAGGAAGGUGGCGCGGUGGUCCUUCUUGUGAGCAGGUUUUCUGUGUGUGUGUGUGUGUGUGUGUGUGUGUGUGUGUGUGUCUUUAUCCUGUUUAACUUGGAAAAGUGGCCACACACCUCUCCAAAGUGUGCACAGCUCCAAAGUCAUUUCAAUGCACUUUUAUGACUCAAAGAAGAGUCUUUAACUAUAAGGUGCUUUUUUUUUUUUUUUUAGCUCUCCUAGCUGUGAAGCACGCUGGUAGUUGUUUUGGUUGGAACACAACCCUGCAUCCCCCGCCUUUACACAAUUACUGUUGUUUUCCAAAAUCCAAAAGCGGUCAGUUUACAAAUCUCAAUCUGGGUCAGGUGGGCAUAAUCUGAAAGCAUGUUCUAUUGCCGACAUGCCUAGCUAAAGCUGUGAAAGCGCAGAUCCUGAGCUUUGACAGCAUGUAUAGCAUGUUAUUGUACAGCCAAUGUGUUCCAAUUUAGGCGCUUAUCAGUGUCCCAGCCAUUUUCAACCCAUAUACUGGUACAAGUGUAAAGGCCUACAGAAUACUCUCUGCAUCUUCUUCUCUGUAUAACCCACUCGGAUUCAUUCUUAAAUGUCCCGUUAAGUCCUUUUGACUAUGUUACUGAUGUCUCUUUCCGUCUCUCUCCAUCUUUCUAUCUCUCCAUCUGUCUCUUUCUCCGUAGCGUUCCAGGAGCGUCCGGAGCUCCCUCCCACCCAGGCCCAGGCCACAGCUCGCUGCAUCCCUCCAGAACAGUACUCCUACACAGCCUCCAUCCUCAGGCUGCUCCGAAACAAACCCUUCCUCCUCCUCAUCCUCACAUACGGUCAGUACCUAACUAGUAUCACUACUGAGCUGAGCUGAGCUGAGCUGAGCUGAGCUGUCCAGGGCUGUCCUGGUUAUGCAUUCAUCAUAGUUUUGGAACCGUGCUGUAGGACAAUGUGAAAAGAUAAUACCCGAGGCAGCACAGUACGGUUCAGGUAGGCAUGCUAGAUAAUACCCGAGGCAGCACAGUACGGUUCAGGUAGGCAUGCUAGAUAAUACCCGAGGCAGCACAGUACGGUUCAGGUAGGCAUGCUAGAUAAUACCCGAGGCAGCACAGUACGGUUCAGGUAGGCAUGCUAGAUAAUACCCGACAACACGACCUAGGCAGCAAGUAACAGGUUACGUUCAGGUAGCAUGCUAGAUAAUACCCGAGGCAGCAGCACGGUUCAGGUAGGCAUGCUAGAUAAUACCCGAGGCAGCACAGUACGGUUCAGGUAGGCAUGCUAGAUAAUACCCGAGGCAGCACAGUACGGUUCAGGUAGGCACGCUAGAUAAUACCCGAGGCAGCACAGUACGGUUCAGGUAGGCACGCUAGAUAAUACCCGAGGCAGCACAGUACGGUUCAGGUAGGCAUGCUAGAUAAUACCCGAGGCAGCACAGCACGGUUCAGGUAGGCAGCUAGAUAAAAACCCGAGGCAGCACAGACGGUUCAGGUAGGCAUGCUAGAUAUACCCGAGCAGCACAGCAGGGGUUCAGGUAGGCAUGCUAGAUAAUACCCGAGGCAGCACAGCACGGUUCAGGUAGGCAUGCUAGAUAAUACCCGAGCACACAGUACGGUUCAGGUAGGCAUGCUAGAUAAUACCCGAGGCAGCACAGUACGGUUCAGGUAGGCAUGGCAGAUAAUACCCGAGGCAGCACAGUACGGUUCAGGUAGGCAUGCUAGAUAAUACCCGAGGCAGCACAGCACGGUUCAGGUAGGCAUGCUAGAUAAUACCCGAGGCAGCACAGCACGGUUCAGGUAGGCAUGCUAGAUAAUACCCGAGGCAGCACAGCACGGUUCAGGUAGGCAUGCUAGAUAAUACCCGAGGCAGCACAGUACGGUUCAGGUAGGCAUGCUGGAUAAUACCCGAGGCAGCACAGUACGGUUCAGGUAGGCAUGCUAGAUAAUACCCGAGGCAGCACAGUACGGUUCAGGUAGGCAUGCUAGAUAAUACCCGAGGCAGCACAGUACGGUUCAGGUAGGCAUGCUAGAUAAUACCGAGGCAGCACAGUACGGUUCAGGUAGCAUGCUAGAUAAUACCCGAGGCAGCACAGUACGGGUUCAGGGUAGGCAUGCUAGAUAAUAACCCGAGGCAGCACAGCACGGGUCAGGUAGCAUGCUAGAUAAUACCCGAGGCAGCACAGUACGGUUCAGGUAGGCAUGCUAGAUAAUACCCGAGGCAGCACAGUACGGUUCAGGUAGGCAUGCUAGAUAAUACCCGAGGCAGCACAGCAGUUGUGAAAACUGUCUGCCAGUGUUUUGCCUAUUCCACCUGACCUACAGUUACCCAGUACAUUUACAUUACAUUUUAGUCAUUUAGCAGACGCUCUUCUCCAGAGCAACUUACAGGAGCAAUUAGGGUUAAGUGCCUUGCUCAAGGGCACAUCGGCAGAUUAUUCACCUAGUUGGCUCAGGGAUUUGCUAGGCUACCUGGUUGGCUCAGGGAUUCGCUAGGCUACCUUUUGGUUAGCGGCCCAACACGUUUAGCCGCUAGGCUACCUUUUGGUUACCGGCCCAACACGUUUUUAACCGCUUAGGGAUACCUUUUGGUUACCGGCCCAACAUCGUUUUUUUAACCGCAGGCUACCUUUUGGUUUACCGGCCCAACACGUUUAACCGCUAG